AUGGAGCCCAAGAGAUGCCGCAGAGUGGUGCUAGUCCCAUGCCCAUUCCAAGGCCAUAUUAAUCCAAUGCUUCAGCUUGGGACCAUCCUGUACUCCAAGGGAUUUUUUAUUACCAUUGUUCACCCUCAAUUUAAUUCUCCUAAUCCCUCCAAACACCCUGAAUUUGAUUUCCAGUUUGUCCAAGAGGGCUUAUCCAAACAUGAUUUUGCCUCUGGAAAUUUGGUGGAUAUCAUUUUGGCAUUGAAUGAAAGGUGCAAAAUACCCUUUCAGGAAUGCUUGCUUCGGAUGAUGCUACAGCAAGAGUCUCAUGAUGAGAUUGCUUGCAUCAUAUAUGAUGACCUCAUGUACUUUUCAGAAGAGGUGGCUACUAAUCUCAGUAUUCCAAGCAUUGUAUUGCGCACUAGCAGUGCAGCCAGCCUUCUUUCUCGACUGGCCAUUCUCCAACUCAAGGAAGAAGGUUACAUCCCCUUUCCAGAUGCUAUGUCACAGGACCCAGUACCUGAAUUUCGCACCUUAAGGUUCAAGGAUCUACCGAUUUGCAAUUUUGGAACACCAGAGAAUUUCUAUCAGCUGCUGGCUCAUAUGUGCGAUGUAAAAACAUCUUCAGCUGUCAUUUGGAAUACCAUGGAUUGCCUUGAAGAAUCGCUACUGGCCGAGCAGCAGCUAAAACAAUUCCCUAUUCCAAUCUUCACUGUGGGCCCUAUGCACAAAUUUGCACCAGCUUGUUCCAGCAGUCUGUUAAAAGAGGAUACUAGCUGCAUUGAAUGGCUUGACAAGCAAGAUCCUAACUCAGUUCUUUACAUAAGUUUGGGAAGUAUGGCUUGCACUGAUGAGAAAGAAUUGGCAGAAAUGGCAUGGGGUCUUGCCAAUAGCAAGCAGCCUUUCCUGUGGGUGAUUAGGCCUGGUUCAAUAGUGGGUUCAGAGUGGAUCGAAUCAUUGCCGGAGGGUUUCAUGGAAGCUGUUGGAGAAAGAGGUUGCAUCGUGAAAUGGGCACCACAGAGGCAAGUGUUGGCACAUCCUUCAGUGGGAGGAUUUUGGACCCAUUGUGGUUGGAAUUCGACCUUGGAGACUAUAUCUGAGGGGGUUCCUAUGAUAUGCAGACCAUGUUUCGCAGAUCAAUUGGUAACUGCAAGGUUCGUGAGCCAUGUUUGGAGAAUAGGAUUGCAACUAGAGAACCAGUUGGAGCGAAACGAGAUAGAGAAAUCUGUGAGAAGAUUAAUGAUAGAUGAAGAUGGGGAGGAAAUGAGGAAGAGGGCUGAGGAUUUGAAGGAAAAGUUGGAAGCCUGUUUCAAGAAAGGUGGUUCUUCCUACAAUUCCCUGAAUAAGCUAGUGGAGUUUAUAUCAUCUUAG